AUGUUAAAGAAUGGGUUCGGUCCCAAUAGUUACACUUUUGUUUCGCUUUUUGGGUGUUGUGCUAAAGUGAGGUGUGUUAAAUUAGGAGAAAAGUGUCACGGGCAAGCUUUGAAAAAUGGGGUUGAUAGGGUAUUGCCUGUGGAGAAUUCAUUGAUUCACUGUUAUGGUUGUUGUGGGGAUAUGACGCUAGCUAAGAAGGUCUUUGAUAAAAUGUCGAACAGAGAUUUGGUGUCGUGGAAUUCGAUUUUAGUUGGGUAUGCUACUGUUGGUGAAUUGGGUAAUGCUCAUGCAUUGUUUGAGAUAAUGCGUGACAGAAACGUGGUUACUUGGAAUAUCUUGAUUAGUGGGUACUUGAAGGGUAAUAAUCCUGGUUGCGUCUUAAUGCUGUUUAGGAAAAUGAUGAAUAAUGGAUUGAAAGGGAAUGAUUCGACUAUAGUGAGCGUGCUUAGUGCUUGUGGUAGGUCAGCUAGAUUGAAGGAAGGACGUUCAGUUCAUGGAUUUAUUGUUAAGAAGUUUUUGAACUCGAAUGUAAUUCUUGAGACUACGUUGAUAGAUAUGUAUAAUAGAUGCCAUAAGGUUGAAAUGGCACAGAGAAUUUUUGAUAGAGUGGAAAAGAGGAAUUUGGUUUGCUGGAAUGCAAUGAUUUUGGGGCAUUGCCUUCAUGGGAAUCCAGAAGAUGGGCUUGCGUUAUUUAAAGAUAUGGAGGAUUGGAAAGGCUCGGUGAAACAUUUCUUUAUCCUUCCGGAUGAAGUUACUUUCAUAGGGGUGCUGUGUGCUUGUGCUCGAGCAAGAAUGUUGACAGAGGGAAAGAAAUUUUUCAGCCAAAUGAUUUACACGCAUAGUCUAAAGCCCAAUUUUGCACAUUAUUGGUGUAUGGCUAAUCUUUACGCGGAUGCUGGACUAACUGAAGAAGCAGAGGAUAUAUUAAGGAUCCCACAGGAGGAUGAUGAGGAUCUGUCAUCAGAAUCCUUGGUCUGGGCAAAUUUGCUCAAUUCUUGUCGAUUCCGAGGAAAUGUGGCUUUUGGGGAAAGAAUUGCGAACUCAUUGAUAGAUAUGGAACCUUGGAAUUAUUUGCAUUACCGGCUGCUACUGAAUGUCUAUGCUGUGGCAGGUUGGUGGGAUGAUGUUGCUAGGGUAAAAGAGAUGGUGAAAACAAGGAUGAAUGGCAGAAAACCAGGAUGUAAUCUUGUGGACUUGAAAGAAAUUGUUCACGACUAUGAAGUUGGAAACCAUUUGCCAGAGGGGAUUGGUGAACUUAACAUGAUGAUUGAUGAAAUAGCUGAGAGACCCAGUUCUGACUUGCUUGUUUAG